UAGUGAUGUGUUAAAAGAUCAUCAUAAAAAGCUUCUGUUUAAUGUAUAUCUGGUCUUGAUUGCCGUUGCUUAAAGUGUUGCAGAUGAAUACAAAGAAACCAUCAAGAUGAGGAUUGCUUGUUCCAUCUGCACCGAGCACUAUGAGUACUCCUCCGAGAUCAGUGCCCUCCACUGCGGACACACGUUCCAUCGGCACUGCCUCGAAAGGUGGUUGGGGACGGCUAGCACAUGUCCACAGUGCCGCCAGCGGGUCACCACAAGCAAAACGAUACACAAAAUCUUCUUGGACAAGGCUGAUGAAGGAGAAGUCACCGAUCCUGGCGAGUUGAAAAACCAAGUUGAUAAUUAUCGGUUACGUCUUGGCGAGAAGGACCAGGAAAAACGUGAUUUGGUGGACAGAAUUAAAAUACGUGAAGAGAGCCUCGAGAAUGUGCGCGAAGCUAAGACAAAGAUUGAAGCCAUGUAUCGGGAAGAGCAGAUUACUUGUAAAUCAUUACGGAAGCAGUUGGAUUACUUUAAGAGUCAGCAACAGGAGGCAGUGCGGGCGAAAGAUGAAGCCAGGACAAUCAGGACAUACAUGCAUAACUUGAAGCAUGUGGAGACCGUUGUGAAAGGUGUUGAAUCUGAAGUCGAAAGCCUCGUCAAGCAAUCAGGAGAAGGUCCAGCAGCCGUCAAGCAACUUUCAACUUACUGCAUCGUCCUCAAACGUGAACUUGAAAUGCUAAAGGAGUCGAAAAAAACACUUAAAGACAAAGUGGACAAACAGAAUAAAUUAAACGGUACGCAACAACGGGAGAUACAUUUCAAAUCAGAGCGAAUCAAACAGCUUGAACUUAUGUUGAAGAAGGUACAAGUGCCAGAGACGCCUUCUACCCCAAUGUCACCUUUGUGUACGCCUGCUAAUACUCGGAAUGGAGGAUCACAUCCUAGGCUUUCAGCUCCGACAGACAAUGGCAGUUUCAUUGAAUUUGAUCCCAAUAAAAACGAGGAACUUUCGCCCAUUCCGACUAGUGCUAAAAGAAAAGCGGAAUGUGAGGAGUAUGGGAUGCAGUAUAUCAAAAUUCGAAGUCUUGCGACAAACUGUCCGGCUAAGAAACUACGCUCGGAACCAUUACAAGACGUUGCAACACCGCAGCACUUUAAUAUUCUAAAGAACAUGCGCACAACAGACACUGCUAAUUCAGGCAAGGUGAGAACAGGAUACAACGGACUUGGUACGCAUACAAAGUUCUUGAAAAUGAGCCCACCCAAGGCGAGGACAAUUGGAAAAAGUUUGAUGAAACCAAAAGGCAAGCAGGCAUCGCUUUCAUCAUUUUUUGUCGGACAUGGUUUGGGUUGUUAUUCUCGCAAAAUCAACACGUGUCGGAAAAGGUCAUUCGAUUUUCAUGAUUUUGACAUGUCUUAUCUGCUGAAAUUAUCCAAUAUCAGUUCAAGCUUUAUCCUUGGAUCAUCGUCAUCGUGUUCUAGAUAUCCCAUUGAUCUACGACAGCUGUUUUCAUGCCGAUCCUGCAUCGCUAACCGUGCUUUUCAGCCAGCUCAACAUUCUACAUCCACAUCUAAAGCUGACAUCAUCCAUUCGUCAAAGAAAAAAUGGCAGAAGAAGCAGAACAGUUUCAAGAGGGAGCUUGUCCACAGGGAAACGGUUCAGGUUCUGGAUGUUCAUAUGAGGGAGAUGCAGAACAUACAAAACAAUCUUCAGCUGGGGACACACAGACGAAAAGCAGAGCUAGCUCCAUCUUUUGGUGUCGAUGACAAAUCUAGAAUAGUUCAAAAUGAUGAAUUUUUGGCCACAUUUUUCAAAGACAGGGAAAAAACCUCAAAUGAUGUGACAAAUAAUGUAUCAGAAGAAGACUUUUCCAAUAGUUUGAAUAGUUUUAGAAAACAGUUCGGUUUGCCUGCUGUAGAAAAUGUGCCUCUUUCCCAAGAGCCUCUGGCAGAGGAGGGUUUGGUGUCAGAAACUAGUUUUGUAUCAGAUAGACAACUUGAUUUACAUUCUGUGAUAGAGAGCCCGCCACCUUUUGAGAGUUCGAUGACACCUGAAGCAUUUGAGGAGUUGGAAAUUGAGACAUUCACGUCAUUGAAUCCAGUGAAAAGUUUAAAAGUAUCCAGUACCUCCAAAGCCAUGGGCAAGGCGAAAAGAACUAAAAAAGCCAAAAGGAAAACUUUAGAAAAAGCAGACAAAACUUCCGAAAUAAAGAAGAGCCCAUCAAUACCGGCUGAUUCAAAGAUCAGUACUAUACCAGCAUUUUCUGAUCCGGUUCUUCAAGAGGAGUCACAGGUUUUAGAACCAGUAGUUGAAGACAACCACGAUAAAGAGAUUGCGGACAGGUUGGAAUCGUUGCUCGAUGGAAGUCAUGGCAGUGACGUCAGGGACUUGCUGUUCAGUCUGCAGGCCAAGAGUAAACAGCGCGAACGAAUGCUCAAGAUCGACCCAGCUCAGAUGGAAGUUGAAGGCAAGGUUUGGGCGUUCAAUAUAGAAUUGAAGUCUUUUGUUGAUGCCUGCCUUUAUGCUGGCUUGCACCUGAAAGCUCGAUCUGCGAUAAUCUUUUGCAAGUUGUCGAGCAUGUCGAAGAAAAAGUCCUACCAGUAUUACAAGAUCACUGACGUCUCUAUCUUCAACAUGAUUAUGCAUGGCUAUGCUAAACUGGGCCGUCUGGAUGUGAUUCGAAGCAUGUUCAGCCACCUGAAGGAGAGCGGCCUUAAACCAACCAUGCAGUCAUUUACACCUAGCCUUGAAUGUCUUGCACGACAGAAAAAGUUCCGUUCCGAUAUGGCCGAGAAAGUUAUCAGAGAUAUUGAAAAACAUGGUUUCGUUCUUGCCGAUGUUCUCCAGAAUUGCGUCUUCACAGGAGAUGAGAAAGAUUUAGUCCUGAAAGCCAUCUGGAAAGUACGACCGAACUUCAAACCAUACCUGUCAGGCAGUUCGGAGAAGUAUUCAGUCUCGUUGCUUGAUGAGCUGAAUAGAGAAAGGACCCCAUCAGAGACAAUUGAGAUGAAUCCUUACCAAGGUCCGGUCACAGUUGAUGAACUAGUAAAGUGUCUAGAUGCACAACUCAAACAGGAGCUGUCCGACUAUGUCGAGGUGCCGUCCAUCCAGGCAGCGGUACCACUGACAGAACACCUCAAAGACUGUCGAGAACGACUCGAGAAAUGGAAAGCGACCAGCCGUGAAGCACUCCAGUGUGCCUUCGAAAGGAACCUGAGGUUCAUGAAGCAGCGCGUCGACGGCCAGUCGCUCCUCUCCCUCUAUCCGUACCUGAAAGUCCUCGAUACGAGUCAGUACGUAGACCUCAUGGCUCAUGAGAUCAACCACUUGGCUACCGACUCGGAGAACUACAGUCCGUCUUUGAGUAAUCUCUGGCUCAAACUUGGUCAGAAGGUGCUGAACAAAUACAUCAUUGUGGAUAAGAUCCGGAACAAGCACGUCAAGAAGAUAACGGACCUUUAUAAGCAGUAUGCCACACUCUAUACAUCUGACGAUAUGGGCUCAUUCAAGAACCAUCGAGAGAUGUGGCAGCACCUUGAUGCCCAGAUGACCGAUGGACCGUGUUUGGACAUAGAAGAGAAGCAAUGGCCACAUAGUGUGCUGCGCGGAGUCGGCAAGUUCCUCUAUGACAUCAUCCUGUACGAGACGAAGAUUGACAUGGGUGCGUCAGGUGAUGGCGAAGAAAGAAAACUUCCAGCGUUUUAUACCAUCUACCGGACGUAUGGAGCUCAACAAAAACAAGAGGUCAAGCCCCAUCCGUCUCUGGUGCGUUUGUUUGAGAAUGCCAACCUACGUGAUCUACAGUUCAACAUGUUAGAGGUCCCGAUGGUCGUCCCGCCUGUGCCAUGGGGCUCUGUGCGCUAUGGUGGUAGUCUGCUUGCUUCAACCAAAAUCAUCCGUCUUCCUGAGGAAGCUAUCCAGCAGAAAGAACUCCUUCACUCCAUGCCACAGAGCCAGCUGUACCCAGUGUUUGAUGCACUCAAUACACUCAGCUCAUGUGCAUGGAUUAUAAAUAAACCUGUAUUGGACGUUGUGAUCAGCAUCUUCAACAACAAGGGUGACAUGUCGGUGGACAUACCUGCCCCGGUGUCCGAGUGCCCUCCUUUACCAACGAUAACACAUGAGAUGGAGAAGGAAGAGAGGUCAAAGGUCAUCAGAGAGCGUAUUCGCCUGAAGCAACAACGAUCUGAGAUGUACAGUCUGUGGUGUAACGAACUCUACCGCCUGUCCAUUGCUAAUCGGUACCGGGAUGAAGUGUUCUGGUUCCCUCAUAACAUGGAUUUCAGGGGCAGAGUUUAUCCCACUCCUCCUCAUUUUAAUCAUUUGGGGAGUGAUGUUGUGCGCAGUAUGCUACUGUUCGCCAAGGGAAAGCCCCUGGGAGAGGAGGGUCUGGAUUGGUUAAAGAUUCACUUGGUCAAUCUGACGGGUAUGAAGAAACGAUGCUCUAACGCCGAGAGGCUUCAGUAUGCUAAUGAUUCCAUGCAGGAUAUUCUCGAUACUGCUGAUAGUCCACUUACUGGCAAACAGUGGUGGAGACAGUCCGACGAACCCUGGCAGACGUUAGCCUGCUGCAUGGAGGUCGCCCAAGCCGUCCGGUCACCUGACCCCACCAAGUACAUCUGCCACUUCCCAGUUCAUCAAGAUGGCUCCUGUAAUGGCCUCCAACAUUAUGCUGCUUUGGGUCGGGACCGGGCCGGUGCGGAGUCAGUCAAUUUGUUCCCAUUUGAAAAGCCUUCCGAUGUGUACAGUGAUGUAGUGGAUAUGGUUGAACGAGAGAGACUCAAAGAUGCAGCAGACGGCUUGGAGAUCGCUAAAAUACUCGAAGGAUUCGUGGCGAGAAAGGUUAUAAAGCAGACUGUGAUGACGACCGUGUACGGAGUUACACGGUAUGGUGCUAAAUAUCAGAUUUUACGUCAGCUCAAAUAUAUCGAUGAGUUUCCUCGAGAGCAUGCGUGGACAGCGAGUGUUUACCUGACGGACAAGACCUUCUACUGCCUGAGAGAGAUGUUCAGUGCUACGAAAGAAAUCCAGGAUUGGUUUGUGAUGUGCGCUCAACUGAUAUCUAAGAUUAGUAACAAGCCGGUUCAGUGGUUGACACCUCUUGGCCUUCCGGUCAUCCAGCCCUACCACAGAACAGUCAAGAUGAAUAAAUAUGGUGCUUUCAUGGAGGAUAAACAUAACAUGUUUCAGAAGCCAAAUGCUCAAAAACAAAAGAAUGGUUUCCCUCCAAACUACAUCCAUUCCCUGGACUCGACACACAUGAUGUUGACUGCUCUUUACUGUUUGAGAGCCGGCAUCACGUAUGUGUCUGUUCACGAUUGCUAUUGGACGCACCCCUGUGAUGUUGAUGUUAUGAACAAGAUCUGCCGAGAACAGUUCGUCCGGCUUCAUCAGCAACCAGUUCUGGAGAAUUUAUCUGACUUCAUGAUACAGAAUUACGCCAUCCCGGAAAGUGUCCUAGAGAAGGAUGAUGGUAAACUUGCCUUGUCAAUGAAGUUAUUAAAUGCUGCUCUGGCUAAAGUCCCUCAAAGAGGUUCCUUUGACCUCGAGAACGUCCUCAAGUCAACAUAUUUCUUCAGUUAAUCUCAAGAAGACUCAAGUGACACUUACAGCUGUUGAAACAAAAAUUUUCUAACAUCUUGAACCAGAUGUGCUGAUGUAUUGUAAUCUUUGAUUUUUGUUGCACAUUUCUGUAUUCCUAAUAAAUUCUACCGGUAUUAAAAAUAA